ACAACAGCAAUGAAAAGCGUAUGAAUAACAUUCAUACAUACACCUUCAACGAGUGUAUGUAGCUUUGUUACACACAUCCAUAAAUACGGUGGGAUAGAAUCGCUACUGUCACUACUACUACUGCCACCACCACCACCAGCACCACGACUACUACUGACUAUACACAGACUACAACAACACUAUACCCCCGACGCACACGUCUAUACUACAAACCCCCUUCCCCCCACUCCUGUCUCUCGUAGUGAAAGGUUUUACACUACAGUAAUAUCAGCGCUGGUAUCUCGUAUAGUACUUCGGUCUUAACACUAGUCACUUGUAUAUCGAAUCGUACGUACCUCACCACGCUUACACUAACACCAUACCACAGUUACGCUACAAACCAUUUGACUACCAGUAGCUCCGGUUAUAUUUUUGUUUGAGCUGUUUGUAGUAGAAGGAGAACAACAUUAACAAGCAAGGAGAUCUGACAAUAACAAAUACCACCACCUCCACCAACAACACCAAUACCAACAAAAAAUGGAUAGCACCAAUAAUGAGUUUAAGAAUUACUCUGCAAACGAAACAGAGGCAAGUUUUAAUGUUUUGGAGGCAGCACCUUGGGUCUAUGCCUCGGGUUCCUCAACAAAUGCAGCUCGCGAAAACAAACUCGGCUUAUGUGGUACCUUGCUUAUGGCUCUCUCUUUUGUCAUUAUCCUGUGCACAUUACCGUUCUCUCUGUGUCUAGUUAUUAAGGUUGUCCAGGAAUACGAGAGGGCUGUAAUCUUUCGACUUGGAAGACUAUUGUCUGGAGGAGCAAAGGGACCAGGGUUGUUUUGCAUCAUACCAUGUAUUGAUUCCUAUAGCAAAGUUGAUAUGAGGACUGUCUCUUUUGAUGUGCCGCCCCAGGAGGUACUCACCAAAGACUCAGUGACUGUAGCAGUGGAUGCAGUUGUGUACUUCAGAGUCCAGAAUGCCACGAUGUCCAUUGCCAAUGUAGAGGAUGCGAAUCGGUCAACUCGGCUCCUGGCACAGACCACUUUGAGAAAUACUCUUGGAACAAAGAACCUCAGUGAGAUUUUGUCCGACAGAGAAACGAUCAGUCAUUUGAUGCAGAGUUCCCUUGAUGAAGCCACAGAUCCAUGGGGAGUACGAGUUGAAAGGGUUGAGGUUAAAGACGUCCGCUUACCUGUACAGCUACAAAGAGCUAUGGCAGCUGAAGCUGAGGCCACUCGUGAGGCAAGAGCGAAGGUGAUUGCUGCUGAAGGUGAACAGAGGGCCUCUCGUGCCUUGAAGGAAGCUGCUGACAUCAUGUGCGAGUCACCUGCCUCUCUGCAACUCCGUUACCUCCAAACCCUCAACACAAUCUCUGCCGAGAAAAACUCCACCAUCAUAUUCCCGCUACCCAUUGAGGUUAUGAGGAACUUCAUGCAGCCUCAGUCCCACUAACCGGUCUGCUUACGGUAGACAAACAGAGCAGUGAGCAGUGAUGGUGAUCACUAUACCCACCACUGCAGAAACAGAGAAAGGACGGGGGUUAUGUAGGAUGCAUGAAGAGCGAAGUGGGGGUGGGGGUGGAGAGAAAGGAAACUUUCUUUUCUUUUUUUUUUUUUUUUUUUUUUUCCAAAUUUGUUUUGCGAUGGUUGGCAACAACCUGCUGCAUUUGAUGACAGCAGGGUGGGAGAGCUUAAGAAUUGUCAUGUGGUGUGAUGUGAUGUAGUGAUGUUGAUGCAGCAGUGAGGAGUAGAGGAGGAGGAGGGGGCAUUUUGAAUGAACAAGUGGGAGUGUGGAGGGUGGAGCAAGGAAGGAUUGAGAGGACAAGAGAUAAAUGGGAAGUCAGUGAGAGAGAGAGAAAGAAAGGGCAUGUCAGUGUGUGAAAGGAAGAGAGCAAGGUGAAUGAGUGAAGGUGUGAGGUGGAAUGGGUGAAAGUAUGAAAGAAUAAGAAAGAAAGCGAGAGUGUAGAAAUGAAAGUGUGAAUGCUGUUAGCGAAAGAUAGACAGACAGACAGACAGAAGGGUUGGGGGUGGGAUUUUUUUCAGAAAUAAAUUUAUAUAAUGAUGGUGGGAGGGAAGAUAAAAAAAAAUAAGAAAAAAAA